AGCUUGUUCUCGGCAAGCUUACUUCCUGCGCAAUAGUGUGCCGGUAGAAGGAAGUGCAGUGUUUACCCCUUCAUGUGUUCUUAACAGAUGAACUGCCGCUUUGUGCGCAUUUAUGUCAGGCUGUCUUGGUCAUUUUAGGGUCGGAUAUUUUGCGGAUUUUUUUGCGGUUUUCAUUCAGGGGAAGUAAAAAAACAAAAUGUCCGCGGAUGAAUCGGAGAAAACAACAACAACAGCGGUGGCGGCGGCAGUAGCGGUAGCGGAGGCUCCUGCGGGGGAUGAGGAGGAGGAAUGGCUCUAUGGCGAUGAAGGAGAAAGCAAGGAGACAGAGGAGGAAGAGGCCAAACUCACAGCUGCUGUCAGUGCCCCCUCUGCUCCUGCAGCCCCCGAGGAGAACAGCACUGGAAAUGGAGUGGCCAGUCAGGAGGAGGCGCAUGGUGACAACCAGGACAGCGAGAGUGACAGUGAUGACGACGACGAUGAUGUCCGUGUGACCAUCGGCGAUAUUAAGACGGGCGCGCCUCAGUACCCGACGUACGGAGCAGCGCCGGUCAAUCUGAACAUAAAGACAGGAGGCAGCAGGCCAUACGGAGCAGUGGGAGCGAAGGUGAAAGGUGUGGAUCUCGAUGCCCCAGGCAGCAUUAACGGUGUCCCCGUGCUGGAGGCGGACAUGGAGUCGUUUGAGGAAAAGCCCUGGAGAAAACCUGGUGCCGACUUGUCGGACUACUUUAAUUAUGGCUUUAACGAGGAUUCUUGGAAGGCAUACUGUGAGAAACAGAAGCGGCUGCGUAUGGGCCUCGACUCCAUCAGCAUCAGCUCUGCUACCAGCAAGAUUUCUGUUCAGCAGGGCAGGACAGGGAACGAUAAAGAGGCUGCGCUUCCUGUUCAUGUUGCUAAAACAGACUUUACCUCCCCAUCCAACCUGUACAAGACAGGCCUGAACCCAGCCAGGAUAUCCCCUCCGCAGUGGGCGGGGCCUGCAUCCCAAGACACGCCCUAUUAUACGAAGUCUACUGGGACCAUCGAUGUGAUUGGUGGACAAACAGCCACCAUCAGCAGGGUGGAGGGACGCCGCCGACACAACCUGGAGGGAAAUAACAUCCAGGUGGUCUCCGAACACACCACCUCUGAAGCAGAGGCCACACCCGCCAAACUCCCAACCUUCUUCCCCCCAGGGCCCCUCCCUCCCAACAUACCACCACCUCCUUUCCUGCCUCCGCCUCCUGUCAGCCAGGCUCCGCCCCUUAUCCCUCCACCGAGACUCCCGAUCACCAUCCCUCCUCCUGGUUUCCCGCCUCCUCCCAGUGGCCCACCCCCUUCGCUCAUGCCAACGUUAGACAACAGUGGGCAUCCUGGAGGAUACGACUGCCGUCCUGUCACUCCGUAUACUUUCCCACCAGGUAGUUACCCGCCGCCCAUGCAGGGGCCCGUGAACAACUGGGCCGGGAUGAUGGACAGCUCAAAGCAGUGGGAUUAUUACCCUCGCCGAGAGAAAGAAAGAGAGAAGGAACGAGAGAGGGAGAGGACAAGGGACCGAGGACACGACCGGGAGAGAGAGAGAGAGCGAGAGCAUAGUCCCUCGUCCAUGGCCUACAACAGUGAUGAGGAGCGCUACCGGUACCGUGACUACGGAGACCGUGGGUACGAGAGGCAUCGGGAGCGGUCGAGCCGAGAGAAAGAGGAGAGACACCGUGAGAGGAGACACAGAGAGAAAGAGGAGGGAAGGCACAAGUCCUCACGCAGCAGUAGCAGAAGGAGGCACGACAGCGAGGAAGGUGAUGGCCAUCGCAGACACAAACAUAAGAAGUCUAAGAGGAGUAAAGAAGGCAAAGAGCCGAGCGAGGAGCGAGCAGCCGACCAGGAGAACCAGGAGGCCAUGGAGUAACGUCUCAUGUCGUGUCUCCUCUUAUCUCAUCUUUCCCGAGCUCUAAAUGAUGCUCGUGCCAGCAGAAACCGAAUCCUCUAUACUCUUCUGUAGUAUUUUUUUCCAUUUUAUUUCUUCUGUUCGUUCCGAUAUUGUGUUUUUUCCAAGUCCCAUGUAGAUGUUGAUUUGUUGGAUUAAAAAAAGGCAUUUGGUAAUUUCUGUAA